AUGCGCGGAAGGAAGAAACUUAGCAGACCCAUCAAUGUAGAUGACCUACAAGCGCUCGCCCAACAAGAGGAGAACCGCGAAGCUACUGCAGAAGAGAUAGAGAAAUCGCUCAUUCCCGAGAGUUUGAAGCAACACAGGUACACAAUCAAGCUAUGGAUAGAGUUCUCGCAGCAGGUCUUGGGUACAAGUGUGCAGGAAGAUAAACCCUUUCCACAGCCUCCACCGGCAAACCAGAUCAUGGUGUUUCUUACUUGGUAUACUCGGACAAGCAACGGAUUGAUUGACGAGAAAAUCAACGACACAACGAUCGCAAACCGUCUUCGAUGUCUUAAACGAGCUAUUCGACUGUUUACCAACCACAUCUACAGUAAAGCCGACAACAGCCAAUUUACUCAACUCGUUGAGAACGAGCUUCCUCGAACUGAAGGUUUGUCAACAAAGGCGUAUGACAAGCCUCUAGCACCACUAAAUGUGAGCAAGGACGUCAUUCGCUUCUUGUGGGUGUGCGAUGAAUACCAGUUCCAUCAUCCUCGCGUACGUCUCCAACUUGCCUUCUCCAUUUUGAUGUUGACUCUGAUGGGAAUGCGCCCUGGGGAGUUUAUUGAAUCAUCAAACUGGAAGAACUCGAAUGAAGGACUGCUUUAUCGCGAUGUGAAGUUGCUUAGGUCUUCAGAAGCUGACGGGGGAUUCAUACUACAUGUACAACUUCGGAACCGUAAAGGCCAUAGGCAUAAUCAUAAGCAGGGUGCACUGAUGCUUCUCACUGAGGAGCCAGGUGAUCGUGCGCUUUGUCCGGUCACAUACUUCCUGGCGCUCGCACUAGCAGAUGGUGUCUUUGAAGGCUGCGAAACACUCUCCGACCUCCAGUCUAGGAAACCGUCGCCUGGUAGUUCCUAUUGCGAGUUUCCUUAUCAUGCGGAUGUAGGAGAUUUGCCAAUCUUACGGUGUUGCCAACAAGACGGGUCGAUCUCGCCGACAAGAAUACUAACCUACUUUGGCUUCCAUUGGAUGAUCCGAAGCUUGGGGCAGAGAGCAGGCUACAAGGACAAACUGACUGCGUACUGCUUUCGCCGUGGUUAUGGAAAUGCGAUUGACACCACAGAAACCGUCACAACUGCACAGAGACAGCAGCUAAUGGGGCAUGCCAACCCAAAUGUCUUCCAGACCUAUAUUUCUUCCAUGAUCGGGAUCGAUUCGCAAAGUGUCGUUCAAGGGAGAGAUCAGCGCAUGGAGCUCAUCAACAACCACAGUUCGAUGAUGCUGAACCGAAACCUACUAGCCCCUAUGCCUCCUAGAUCCCAGCUAGCAGACACAACUUCACUGAAUGCAAGUCACCAUGAUUCGGACCUUCCACACGACAAGCGGAAGUAUAUGCAGAGGAAAGCCUUCGAAGAAGAGCGGCAGCAGUUUUUCCAGGGCAGGUCUAUUACGACUAGCUCAACAUCGAGUGACGGUACCCGAACGCCCUCUCGAUAUCUCAAGGCAUUAUUGAAGCUUGAGGCGAACCGCUAUCAAGCUGUGAUGCUUAUGUAUCCAGACCUCAAGUCUGAUGGUAAUCAGCAUGGCAAGGACAACGAGACCCCUGAUCACGAGAACUACGAGGCAGCUGAGAUGACAACUUCGACUCAAGAACCUCGUAUUUCACUUGAGCAAAUAGUCCACUCACUUCAAAGUAUCGCAAAUGGACACAAACAGCAUUUCGAAUACGGAAGCGCAGAAACUAUCGAAAACGGAUGUUGCAGCUUCUGUAAGAAGCAAUUGGACGGAGAACGUCGAGACCGAGUGAAUGAACAUCUGCUAUUUUGCGCAAGGGACCGGCGAUUGGAACAUGGACGAGCUCGUAUGACCAGCCUGUUUUCAAACACCCGUUUAUGCCGUUGGAACGAUUGCCAUUACAAGUUUGAGGGCAAAAAGCCUGAGACAUGCUCACUCCAUAUGCUCAAACACGUCUUGAAGAACGAAUCUUACCAAUACUCGCAGUGGGAGGCGCAUCUAGAGGAGAGCCACCUUCCCCAGUUGAACAACUUUUGCGGCUUAGUUCGUCGAAACGGGGCUGUCCUAGUCGCAGGCGUUUGCUUGUUUUGCAUCGGCAACACCGAGGCAACCCUCACGUCUCGAUUUAAGCAGUACUUCCAACACAAUGCGUUACGUACACACAUGAGAAAUCAUUUGACGAACGCCCUCUAUCCAUUGGAAUGCCCUCAUCCUUCUUGCGCAACUAGCCUGGGCACUGCAGACCUGUUCUGGGAACAUGCAGUGUCUGUUCAUGGAUUACCGCCUUUGCAUGGCACGAAAAUAACCGCUACCAUACAAAUGAUGACACCACCUCUCCGUUCAGAGCGUCGACAGACCAAGCUCGCUAGAAGGCAGAGCGGGAGCAUGCUCGGUUCCCCACUGCAACUAAGCAUCCCCCCUGCUGCAUCCCGCCAGCAUCACCCUCUCACUCCAUAUCCCUUCGAAUCGAAGCCCUCUGUGCGUCAGAAGCAGAAUGCUAUCAAGGCGCUCUCUCAAUCUCUUGCUAGUGUUGUCGAUGAAGAACCAUGUGAAUCUCAUUCGCAACCGCCCUUAGACUUCGACCCCGCGGGACGCUCGUAUGAUGACUCCAGUUCAAAUUCCGAGAAGGCGGUAUCACCACCUACCACGACGCACGAAUUUCGAAACGACGCCAUGACGCACUACGUUGGAACGGCAACGUCUCAGUCACGAGCCUACACGCGAUCCCCAAACCUGCAAGCCCGGUUUAAUACAGUAGUCAGAAAAGCGAGCCAGCUUUGUGCGAUGUCCGAUUCUGAAGUAUACCUAGCCGUGCGACAUGGAGGUAACUUCUAUGUUUACAACUCUGUCGAUGUGGCUUCGCAUCAAGCCCCAGAACCAGAGGCACAUGAACGCAUCGUCAAAGUAGCAGUCGCGAGCAGCACUUGUGCGCUGAUUGCGACUGUGGCGUUUCUGGAUCAGGCUCUCAUUGCCGCAAUUAUUCCCCUCCAUAAGCAGCGAACUCGCUUACUUUACUCCAUUUCGCAGGAGCUGCACGUCUUUGCAAGGUUUACACCUGUGCCACAUGGCGCUACGAAUAAGCGCUGA